AUGGACAUGGCCUUUGGUCAGCCCAUGGUCACUCCAUGUGGUCAGGCAGGAACUCCUUGCAACCAGCCACCCAUGAGCAGUCCAUAUGGGCAGUAUGGGAUGCCCAGUGGGCAGCACUCCGCGGACACGGCCUUUGGUCUGCCCAUGGGCACUCCAUGUGGUCAAGGAGGAACCCCUUACAACCAGCCACCCAUGAGCGGCACUUAUGGGCAAUCGCUCAAUGGGACGCCCUGUGGGCAGCACUGCAUGGACACAGCCUUUGGUCAGCCCAUGGGCACUCCAUAUGGUCAAGCCGGCGCCCCUUGCAACCAGCCCAUGGAACCUUGUGUGCAAAGCUCUCACAACCAGCCACCCAUGAGCAGUCCUUGUGCGCAGUCGCUCAACGGGGCGCCCUGUGGGCAGCACUCCAUGGACACAGCCUUUGGUCAGCCCAUGAGCACUCCAUAUGGUCAACCCGCCGCCCCUUGCAACCAGCCACCCAUGAGCAGUCCAUAUGGGCAGUAUGGGACGCCCUGUGGGCAGCACUCCAUGGACGCAGCCUUUGAUCAGCCCCUGGGCACUCCAUAUGGUCAAGGCGGCGCCCCUUACAGCCAGCCAUCCAUGAGCGGCGGGUCUUUUUGCCAGUCAGGUCAGGACUUGCAGGCGACCGCGUUCGACCAGCCCUCUUUUUCCCCACCUUUUGCUCAAGGCGCCCAUCAACGCUAUGAGUUUGCCGAGCCCUGUGGCCAAAGCUUGCCACCCCCGCCGGCAGAAAGUUUGCCUGGCUCGCCCUUUGCGGCAGGUGUUGGGCCAAGCUCGCAAAACCCGGGACCCGACAUGAACUACUACGAGUUCUGA